AACUAGUACUUCCUUCUAAAUUUGACACCAAAACAAUGAACUUAUCAUGUUUCAAUCUAACUUCUUUACUCAUUUUUCUUAUCCCACCUUUAAUUUAUCUAAUCUUCUAUAAAAUCAAGUCCACAUUCUUGAAACCCCAAAAUAAUCUUCCACCAGGACCAUUCCAAUGGCCAAUAAUAGGAAACAUCCCAUAUUUUGUCAUAGGGAAAAAACCCCAUGUCAUAGUCACAAAAAUAGCCCAAAAGCUUGGCCCUUUAAUCUCUUUAAAAUUAGGAAACCAGCUUAUAAUUAUAGGGUCCUCACCAGAAUCUGCAACUGAAAUACUAAAAACUCAUGAUAAAAAACUCUCUGCUCGUUAUGCACCAAAAGCAACACCAAUAAAAGAGUCUGAUCUUAAGAGAUAUUCACUUCUUUGGUCUACUGAAUGUAAUAGUCAUUGGAAAUCUAUAAGGGUAUUGUGGAGGUCUGAACUUUUUUCUAAUAAAGCAAUGGAAUUAUUUGCUGACAAAGGGAAAAAGGAGUUCUUGAUAUGGUGGAUUUCUUGAUGUUUAACCAAGGUAAAGUUGUAAAUAUUGGGGACCUUGUUUUUAGUGUUGUUCUUAAUGUGUUAGGAAAUAUUUGUUUUUCAAGGGAUAUGGUUAAGUUGGAAGAUGAGACAGUUGCAAGUGAGAUGAAAGGGAAUAUUUGGAGGUUUAUGGAGUGUGGGACCACUCCAAUUUUAGCUGAUUUCUUUCCAAUUUUUGAUGGGAUUGACAUUCAAGGUCAAAAGAAAAAGGCAAAGAGGUGUCUUGAUAAUUUGUUUAAAAUUUGGGAAGGGAUAAUAAAGGAGAGAAGAGAAGAACAUCAUUGCAAUGAAUCUGAUGUCAAGAAAUAUGGAGAUUUUUUGGAUUUAAUGCUUGCUAAUGAAUUUUCUGAUGAUCAAAUCAAUUACAUGCUUCUGACAAAUGCUGCGCUAUAACGAGGUUUGACUGCAUAGGAAAGGCAAUGGCUGAUUUGCUGUAAAAAAGGUGUUAACUCUUCCAAUGAUCACUCAUAAGGAAAUUAUAUAUAUCUAUUAAAAUUACCUCCUUUUUUUUUUAAGUCCUUUUAUUUUUAAGUUUAGGACAAUAAAAUCUUUCUACUAACCCUUUGUUCUUCAAAAUAUAAUACCAACUUCUUUAUUUUCUAGUAAAACACAAGAUAUUCCAAAUAUUUUUUGUCAAUUGUUCUAUCACUUGUGAAGAUGAGUCGUGAUAUUUUCACUAACAAGGCCACAUGUCAAUUUAUAUACUUUACUAAAUAUUGUCAGAUAAUUUACUUCAGGGAAUGGAUCUGUAUUUGUAAUAGUUAUUAAAUUUUUUUAUUCUCCAGAAAUGAAACAUGGUCAUUUGAACAUGUUUUAACUAUAUCAAAUUAUGGUAGCUUAAAACACUUCUUAAGCAAACCGAGGCAUGCACACAAUGUGGAGAAUAUUUCGCCACUAUAUAUAUCUUCAAUUUUAAUCACAAUAAACAUAUCCACUUAAAUGAAUUAAAUGAAUUUAGUCCUAACAAGACAUAUCAUCGGAUCAAUGUUGGUAAUCAUUAGCAUAGCAAGAUUAAAGCACGUGGAGUAAUAAUUUGCCCCUGAUAUGAAGAAAGAUCAAGUGAUUUUUCUCUUUCGAAUUGGGAAGUCAUUUUAAGUCUUAGGAAUACUCUUAGAGCUCGUUUGGUACAAGGGAUAAGGAUAAAUAAUCCCGAGAUUAUAUUUGAGAUGAAUUUAUCCCACGUUUGCUUGUGAUACAAUGGUGGUAUAACUAAUCUCAGGUUUAGUUAUCCCGAGAUUGUAGUGUUAUUUUAUCCCUGUGGGAAGGUGGAAUAACUAAUCCCGGGAUAAGUUGUCCUGGGAUAACUUGUUUCCAACCAAACGAUCCCUUAGUAUACUCAACUACCAUUAUCAACAUCUUUGCAAAGUAAAUACUCGAAAAUGGCAGAGUCUCAUGUUGAUAACAUAUUAUGAAAUAUUAAUAAAAUAUAAGAGAACAAAAGAUGCAUCUAAAGAAUAUUGGGGAGAGAGAGAGCAAUUUUAUUGCUCUUGAACUUGAUACACAAUAGACUGAUGUAGCUUCCUAUUUAUUUAUAUUUUAAGCAAAAAAAACUUCUUAUUUUAUUGAAGAAAAGAAGCUACUCAUGUGAGACUUCUCAAGUAGCUGCUGCAAGGCUUUUCAGAAGCUGUCUGCAUGCCUUCUUGAUU